AUGCGCACACCAGCGAGAAAGUGUGGGGUCCUGACGAAGGCGAAGCGCAACAACCUGCUUAAGGCGCAGUCCGUUGCGCAAGAUGAAUCCGACGAUAUAGGUGUGUUCACUCGAUUCAGAGGAAUGCCCAAAUAUCACUGGGAUGCUCAAUAUCCACCCAUUCCCCAUUCCCCAGAGCCCAAGCGCCCGCCCGCGAAGCGCGCGCGCAGAGGCGCUAACCCUCGUGAGGCCAAGGGACCAGCAAAAUCGGCAGCGCCCAGGAAACCAGCUGUCGAGCAGACGUCGACGCUUAUGUGCAUGCCUCUGGACAUUUGGUUUGAGAUCCUCAAGCAGCUCGACGUCGGGGCCUUGCACGCGCUCUCGCAUACGUGCACAAACUUGCAGGACACCCUCGCGUCCCCGCAGGCCGCACACAUCUGGAAAGACGCCCGAGCUGGCAUGGGAGAUAGCCCGAGCCCUCCCCUCGGGACACCUGAGGCGCGCUGGGCGGUGUUGGUGUUUGGGGGCAAUAGAUGUCAGAACUGUGGUACCACCAGCGUGAACAAGAUUGACUGGCAGCUGCUCAUGCGCGUGUGCUCGGCGUGCAAGAAGGCAAACCCCCGAAGCUUGUUCACCUCCAACAAGUUCGCUCGCGAAUUUGCCGGUGCAGACGCUGUCUAUCCACAUCCCCCCUACGCGUCUAUUCACAUCCCCCCUACGCAUUUAUCCACCCCCUCCCUACCUCUCGCUUCUCUCCUCGACAACUAUCUGACACCGGGCAUUCCAGUAGGUGGCUGGGCUACUCGCGCUUCUGAGACGACGUAUUACUGGCGCGGCGACGUCGAGCGCAUGCUUGGCAUUGUGGCUCGGUACAAGGAGGAUAUCGAAGCGAAGAAGCCCGGCGCGAAAGAAGCGUAUAAGGAAUUCCGGGAGCGCAGGAUCGCCCGGGUGAUUUCGGUUAUGCAGCUUGCGCCCGAAUACUGCUCCUGGCAUGAAGAAAGGCAGUGGAAGAACAAGUGCGCGGGCAGGGAUCUGGCCAAGGAGCGGAAGGAGGGCAUUCGUGCUCGCCUUCUACAAAUCGGCCACGACCCGCGGGACGUCGAACGCGCCAUGACGACCAGCGAGAUUGAGAUUGAGAAGAGGGAGCUUACGGAUGCAUCCUGGCGUCGGAUCAAGAAGAAAUGGGAAGCCGAAGUCGCCAGAGCACGCCGCCGUCGCCUCCUCACGGAUCACCCUGCUGUCAUCGCCCAGCGCAAGCGCGCCGCUGCGCAGGUGUAUAACGAGGCGUAUCGCAAGACCAUUGGACCUCGGGAGUGGUUUACGUCGCUGGAUUGGCUUGCUCUACCGCGAUCUUCCGACGUCGUCAAGCUGGAACCAUUCUGGGAGCCUUCAUACACCGACGUUGGCGUGAGCGUGCCGGACGCCGAUUUUCAAAAAGCCCUGCGGCAUUGUGGGGGAGAGAUCAGGAGCAUGAAGAGGAGAAACGAAAGCAACCUGCGGUGGCGCUUCGACGAUCUGCUAACGCAAGUCAAGGAAGGCGGCGUGUUGCUGGAAGAUGCGGGGAUUCCUGUUUUCAGCCUGGCAGUGGCAAUUUGCCAGAAGCGUUGGCAUCCACGUGAAGCGCCGUUUGAGCAAUGCCUCGGAGCGAUGGAGCUGCUGUUCCUUUCGAGCCAGUCAGGGGUGGACUAUUGGCCAGAAUACAGAGUGGACCUCUCGCGUGCCGUGGUUGCACUCCUGGAUGUGCUCGAGCUGUCGCCGGCGACGACGACGUUUACAGAGUUAGACCAGCUCGAUGCGCGCUUCUUCUGUUCGCAUUGCCCGGCGCAGGAUUUUGGCGGGACGUGGACAAGGUUGGCAUUCAGGUGGCGUUCUGCGGUGUUGCAUUACAACAAGGAGCAUGCUGAGCAGAAGGAAACGCCCAAGUUCAGACUAUUGUCCGAGUCCGAGGCCGAUUGCGCACGCAAAAGCGAGAGCUCCGAACUUGCUGAGGCGAAUACUUGGUCUUGCGGUCAUUGUGGCGAACACCUCGACAAUUGGCAGCCGCGGCUUGAGGUCGAGGCGCAUGUGAAAGAAAGUCACGAUAUUCUGGCUCCGAAGAUGGAUGUGGACGUAUUGUGCAUGCCCAUCGUGCUCGUGAAUAUCAAGCCGCUUUCAAGCACUCUCAGCCACUCCCAACCACAUUACAACGAUCUAGCAAUGUCCAGCCACUCAACCAUGAACACGAACCCCAUGGCGAUCCCGGCUUUGCGCCCCACUCUCUCCACUGCGCGCAACUUUGCGCUCGUCAUCCCCACGGGCUUGCACGUUCACGCCCGCAUCCCCAAGGGCGUCCCCGGCAAGCUCAUCAUCAGCACCGACGAACACACCAGCGAAGGCGGCGAGCCCCAGAUGUGGUCUAUCGACAUUCAGGACGGUGAAUUCAAGUACCGCGACCCCAACGAGCGCUCCGGCGCUGAACCCACACAACAAUACGAUAUGGAGGAGGGCCUUCAGGUCCGCGACUUCGCAUAUGAGAAGGCGUUCAACCCUCUACCGCCUCGCGAGCGUGCUCAGACCACCGGCGGACACGAGAUUACCCCGAGCGCGACCUCUGGCAACACGAUCCCCGCACCUCGUGUCGCUGCUGCUGUUGUCGACAUCGAGGCGCUCAUCGGCGAGUUCGAGUACGCGAUUGCACAGGAGAAGCGGCUCGACGAGGUCUAUCUCCAUGGCGCACUCCUGUGGCGCUUGAUUUUGCUCGGCUGGACAACGGAGGACGAGAUCCGCGCGCUUUGCUCAGCGAGAGAUAUACAGGCGCUCGAGGACUACGACGCAGUGUGCGCCGAGCGGAGGGCUUCGCGCGCGGGUCCGUACGACGAGAACGGCGAGUACCCUUGGAUGCUGAAGUCUUGCUCCGAGAAACGGUGGCACUUUUUCCUGCAGAUGGCGGAGCAGGAACCGGCGUAUGCACGGCAAAUGGUGUUGAAGAUGCGCGAGGAGUUCCGCGCGGAACUUUGUCGUUUCGAGCAUUCCCGAGACAACAAUCUACCGUACACACCGCAGAAACAAUACCAACCCGACCCCAGAAACCCGCAAUCCCGCAUCAGACUCCCUACCCCUGACAUCAUCGUGCGCAAGGGCCGCUCGACGUACCGCCUGAAGCUGGCCGCGUACAACCGAAUGGUGACGCUGGAGCGGGUGCAGUCGACGAUGAGCGAGAGGGCUGCUGCGAUGUGUGGGCAGACGAAGCGGUGGGAGCAGGAGGACAAGGCAUGGGAGGAGGAGCUGGAGGAGAUGUGGGAGGAGAUGGAGGAGAUGGACGAGGAAGAGGAGGACCAGACGCCAACGACACAGGUUGAGCGCAAGGAGAAGGUCGCGAUGCAUGAACAACUAGCUGCGUUGGCGGAAGAGAGGGCGGCGUUGGAGGAGGAGAUGGCUAGGGUGAAGGUGGCGCAGGCCGCUUUGAGGGAGAGGCAGGCCGCGUUGGAUGCGGAGUGGACAGCGCGGACGUCUGAAGGAAGCGGUGAUCGGGUAUCGCCCGAGAGCGACGGUACGGUGGUUGGCGAGGAGGACGACGAAUAUGCCUCGAUGGACGACAAUGGGUCAUCAGCAGUCGACAAUGCAGCACCUAUGAUUGUCGACACAGCCCGGCCGAGCCAGAAGAGCCUCGGAAAGCGACGUAUGAGCAAUGUCGAAGGCGUGGAGGGGCAAGCUUCACCGGCGAAACGCUCGAGGACCUCACCGAAGAGGAACUCGCCAGCACCCGAACCUGGUCCGUCGACGAGACGCGAGGGCACUUCUUCGACGGAACGAGAAGGCACGCGCCCGAGACGCGGACGCCCCAUCGAGAGGGCAGUACCACCAUCCGACUCUAAUAUCGCUUCGCUGCUUCAGGCUUGGUCCAAGGACAAGAAAUUCUCUUUCGCCUCCAAGGGCACGAACCCCUCCUCCUCCUCGAAGGGCAAUAACCCCUCUUCCUCCAAGGGCAAGAAGCGCGCCGCCGAAGACGAUGCUGUCGAACCUCACGAAGCUCCUUCACCCAAGAAGCAACGCGUCGCCGAAGCCACGAACACCUGUGUUCCCGAAGGCAGGAACAUUCAUGUUCCCAACGGCAAGAGUGUCCGUGUUGCCACUCUCAGAGGCACGCGUGUUUCUGGUGAGCGCAGCAGCGUCGGAGGCAAAGGGAAGAGGCUCACGGGGAGUCGCAGUGGCAGCGGCUCUGGUGUCUGGAAGACAGUUCAAUCGAUCGUGAAUUUUUUCACCGGGAGGAAGGGGGAGGAGAGUGGAGAAGAGAUUAGCGAGGAUGAGGACGUGGAGGACACGGCGAAGAUGGACGUGGACAUCCCUAACUACACCUUAAAUCAGGCCUCCAACGAUAUGACGAAGAAUGGCAUCCCUUCUCCCAGGACGUUCAGCCCGCCCCCGCCCUCUCAUGGGACCUUCAGACUCACCGGAAACUACAUCGUCCCGCCUUCGUGCGCCUCCUUAUCCUUGGCCAACCCCUCCACCUGGGCCGCCUCGCCCUCUCCAUCUUACAACACCACCGCCGCCAACAAAGACAACGACGAAUCCGAUGACGACUUCCCCCGCUUUCUCGUCCCUCACAUCGUCCCCGGCUCCCUCACCUCGUGGAAUGGCGGACGCGUCGGGGCCUGGCCUAAAGACAAGACGGCAGAGCAGAUGACGGCGACCUCGGCGCGCAUUGUGAAUCUCCGCCAGCGGAGGCAACGUAUUCCGGUGCCUCCUAAGUAUCCUAUCGUGGUCACCGAGCGGCUGGUGAGAUCUCCGUAUGAGGUUUUCAGGAGGGCGCCCUCGGGCGCAGAGGAGGUAUUCGGCCCUGGUGUGUCGGCUACCUUUGGUGUCACAAGGGGGUGCCGUUGGGGUUCUUCUGCAGCGUCGGCUGCUGGCUCUGGCUCGGCGUCUACGUCUGGUACUGGUACAGUGUUCUCGUUGCCUGGGUCGACAACGCAGGGCGCGGUGGCUGCUCCUCAGCCUGCUCCUCAACCUCCUGCGCUUGCACCUCCUGCCGCUCCUGCUUAUCAGUCUCCUGCCGUCCCUGCUGUUCAGCCUUCUGCGCUCCCUGCCCCACAACUUCCUGUGCUCUCUGCCCAGCAAUCUCCUGCACCCUCUGCUGGUCAGCCUGCUGCGUCACCUAUCGGCCAGCCUUCUGCGACUUCUGCUCCCCAAGCCUCCACCUCGGCAAACGCUUCGCAAGCCUCUACCUCGACAACCGCUUCUAGUCGCCGUCGUCCACUCAGGCGAGAGGGGGCGAUAAUCAUCACCGACCACUAG